AACAUUAAUGUAACAAACCAGAACCAGUAAUUCAGUUUCAGUUCGACCAGUGCACAAACACAAUCAAGAAUCUUCGCGAGAUCAUCUGUAAAAAGUCUGCAAUUUUGUUCAGAAUUUGAACAAAGAUGUUUUCUCUCAAUUUGGUUAUGCUGUUGCUAUGUGUCGGUGCUGUGACACUCUUCAAGAUCGAAUCAAAUCCAAAAGCAAUACCGACUAUACGGUUGAGUAACGGCUACGAAAUACCUGCAAUUGGAUUGGGUACAGCAGCGGCUAAAGAAAAUUACUGCGAGCAAGCUGUUAAAGAUGCCAUUGAUGCUGGAUAUCGUCACAUAGACUCAGCGUAUAGGUACGAAAAUGAAAAAGAAGUUGGCAAUGGGGUACGUGCAAAAAUUGAUGAAGGAGUGAUCGAGCGGGAAGAUAUGUUCAUCACGACAAAGUUAUGGAACACAUUUCACGAUCCAGCCGACGUUCCACUCGCCUUUCAGAAAUCGUUCGAUAAUUUGAAUCUGACUUACAUCGAUCUCUAUCUACUGCAUUGGCCGAUGGCAUAUGCGAAAAUCAACAAAGACCGUUCAGACACACCACCCACAGAUAUUGAGGAUGUGGAACUGUCUCCAUUUUUUCAUAAUGGAACGUAUGUUGCAGCCGAAAUUGACUAUUUGGAUACGUGGCGUGCCAUGGAAAAGCUAAUGGAAAACGGUAAAAUCCGCAGCCUUGGUAUAUCGAAUUUCAACAGUCAACAGAUCGACCGUCUAUUGUCUGUGGCAACGAUAAAGCCAGUUGUGAAUCAAGUGGAAUGCCAUCCAAAUUUCAAUCAGCAUAAAUUGAUUAAAUUUUGUGCUGCACGUAAUAUCACAGUAACAGCGCAUUCACCGCUGGGUCGACCGCAUUGGAAUUACAAUGAUUAUUUAGCACUAAAUGAUCCAGAUAUAGCUGAGAUUGCAGCAGCUCAUAAAAAAUCGCCGAAUCAAGUUGUCCUACGGUAUACGUAUCAAAAUGGAGCCGUCGUUAUUCCGAAAUCGACGCACAAGGAACGGAUCAGGAGUAACAUUGACAUUUUCGAUUUUGAAUUGAGCCAAAUGGAAAUGGAAUUUAUUGACGGCCUCACCAACAAUCGUCUGUUGGCCAUCGACGAACCCGUUCAUGACAAAAAUUACCCAUUUAACAUUGAGUUUUAAGUUUCUUUGUAAUAAAAAUGAAAUACACCGAAAUACACCGAGUCUUAAGAACAA